AGUCACAUGUGCCGGAAGUCAUCCCAUGCGUGGCUGAAUCAAAAUACAAAAUUCACUCCCUCUCCAAAUAUUUGAAUCUAUUGUUAUAUCUGAUCACGUUUAUAUUUAUUUUUGGGUAGGUGUGACAAAAUGCGACGUCUUGGCUCGGUCCAGCAGAAGGUGUCGUGUGUUUUUAUGACGGAAGUCAAGGAAGAACCGUCGAAAAAACGUGAUUGCCAAGGAUUUCAGGUGGUUGCCACAACUAUCCUGAACCCUGCUGUGCUUGAAGCUGACAUUAAAACUGCACUGGCCACCGAAAAAGUAGACGGUACCUGCUGCUACGUUACACGCUACAAAGGGAAACCUCAUCUCUGGGCUCGACUGGAUAGGAAAGCCAAUAAACAGGCGGAGAAGCGAUUCAAGAAGUAUCAGUAUUCUCACAGGACCUCCAAAGGUUUCCUGUGGAAUGUGGUGGAGGACUUUAAGACCGUGCCGGACACAUGGAUCCCAGCUCACCAAGUUAAACAUCACAAUGGUCAUCCCGUCCCCGAUGAACACGGACACAUUCCAGGUUGGGUUCCGGUGGAGGAUGGUAACAAGCAGUACUGUUGGCAUUCGUCUGUGGUGGAUUACGGCGCGGGGACCGUGUUGCUCCUCCGUCCCGUGGCCAACAAUGACUACGACACGUUGGAAAUCACUGCAGUGCCAUUGACAGACCUCCAGGAACAAACUUUGGAGCUGAUUGGUACCAACAUCAAUGGGAACCCUUACGGCUUGGGAUGCAAGAAGCAGCCCGUUCACCUGCUAGUGUCCCACGGGAGCAUCCGCAUCCGGAACCCGCCACCGGUAGACUUCCAGCAGCUCUACUCAUGGUUCCGCAGCAGCACAGGGGGUCUUGUGGAAGGUAUCGUAUGGCACUGCAGCGACGGCUCACUCUUCAAGGUUCACCGCCACCACCUGGGCAUGGAGUGGCCAGCCGAGGGCGCUCACCUGGGCAACAAGCCGGUGGUGGUCCGUGUGAGUGGGACAACGGUUGCGAUGGGCGACAACAGCAAGAGCCUGUUCGUUUCAUUCUCACGCUUCAAUGGACGCCAUUUCGGCCACCUGCGUGACAUCCACUUUGACUUGUGAAUACAGUCCACAACAUAUUCAAGGCAGAGAAGUUUUCACAGCCAUCAUCUCUCUCUCUCUCUUCUCUCUCUCUCUCUCUCUCUCUCUCUCUCUCUCUCUCUCUCUCUCUCUCUCACACACACACAUUAUCCAGUCACGUAGCUCCACUGGAAAAAUGAGCAUGAAUGCGCACAACAUUGUGAAGCGACCAAAUCUGAGAGCCUAUUAUACAAAAUUAACCUUGAAACAAGAUUUUAGCAUCACGUGGUGAAAGAAGUCAUGUGGCCUUAAUGAACACAAGACAUUGUGGAGCGACUUGCUCCGUAGUGUCUAACUGGAAUGGUAAUUGAUGGUAAAGAUAGGAGAGCUUAUCUUGAUAAUAGAACCUCAUCUUUAACAUUGCAUGCAGACUGGACAGAAUACGUCAAUCGCGAAACUCUCCAGAACAUAAACAGGUACGUACACAAACAUCGCGCAGCAGCUGCAUGUAAGAGUUUACCAGAACACAAGUAUCUCAACUUAACACGGGAUCAUUUUUUUAAUGAUUGGGCUGAACAAAUGAGUCAGGUUACUCGCUAGGAUGUUAAAAAUGGAGAAAAACGAUUGCACGUCAAAUCGACUGGAACAGUAAUUGUCAAUAAAGGUGCUGUAUGUGUAGAAUGAAAGACUGGGCUGAAGUAGCUACGCAGAUAAAGGUGUGGAGCCAUCCCUUCGCUCCCCUAAAAUUUUGAUCAUUGCUAAAAACUUUAUAUGUAGCACAGGAUCACCGGUGUAUUUAAUAUUGCAGACUUUUAGUAGUUUCCCGGAACAGUCAUGGACUUACACAUUGUGCAGUGAUUGCGUACUUUCACUCUAUUGCAGCCACUAUUUGAGGAAAUACAAUGUCAUACUACUUUGAAUUAUUAUGCGUUGUGUUUCAUUAAAAUGUUAAAACUGUUAGAAAAGAGCAGAAAUUCCACCAAACCUGACAAGAGACACAAGCUCCUCGGUGGAAGUAAUAGUCUUAACGUUUGGGCAACAACAAGACCCAACCUUGGUUUUUGUUUCCAAAAAAUGAAAUGUUCCAAUUCAUAGCUGGUGUUAACCCCCUUGAACUGCAUAACUGUAUUGCAUUAAAAUGAAACCAUAG